CUGCUCCCCAGCAUUCCCUGCGCUCACUCUCCUUGGCAACCGCGGAGUGAGACCGAGGCGCGGCCGGGUGAGAGGUCAGCGGAGUGACACCAGGCAGAGGGAGCUGCGGUUCGUACAACCGGGGCGGGACUCAGGCUGAGGUUUACGGGAAGACAGAAGUAUUAAGCUGCUGCGUAGAGGUGCGAAGUUUCACUAGAACUCACCAAAGAUGUCGGCCAAAACAACCAGCACAAAUAACAUCGCGCAGGCCCGGCGGACUGUUCAGCAACUCAAAGUGGAGGCCUCUAUAGAAAGAAUAAAGGUUUCCAAAGCGUCGGCCGACCUGAUGCGCUACUGCGACGAACACGCCAAGAACGACCCUUUGCUCGUGGGGAUCCCCGCUUCCGAAAACCCUUUCAAGGAUAAGAAGCCGUGCAUCAUAUUGUAGUAUCUUUCACUGGCAACAACCCCCUCUCCACCGAAACCUCCAAACCCGCUCUUCUUACCCAAAUUAUUUUAAGGGUUUCUGGUUUCCAC